AUGGUAGACGAGGCUGAAUUAGUAAAUGAUUAUGAAGAGGAAGUACAAUUUAUUGAUGAGUUUGCUCCAAAUUCUGAUGAUGAGGAAAUAGAAGUUGAAAUCAAUGAGGAUGAAGUGCAACUUAGGGGUGAAUUGCAAGUAGUUGUCGAUGAUGUUACUGGUUAUGUUGGAAGUGAAGAUGAAUUUGAUAGUUUCAGUGACACUGAGUAUGAGCAUAGUGAUGAUAUUGUUGACUUUGAUUGGACCACAGUUCUGCCUUCCGAGAUCUUAUUUGAUAAGGUGAACAAUUCUGACGCUGAUGAUGACUCUGAUGUGUUGCUUACACCUCCUGCUAGUGAAGAUGAUGAGGAACAUCAAAAGUUUCCUGCCUAUAAAAGUGGAGAGGUAUUCAAGUUUCAACUAGGUAUGAUGUUUAACAACAAAGAUAUGGUCAGGGAUGCUUUGAAGGAGUAUGCAAUGAAGAUGAAUAAAAAUGUUGCUCUGAAGAAAAAUGAUGGAAAGAGAAUGGUAGUAAAAUGUAUGGAUGGCUGCAAGUUCUACAUGAGAAUUACCAAAAGGGUAGGGAACCAAUUUUGGCAAGUUGUAAGUCUGAUUGAUGAACAUACAUGCUAUCGAACUGCACAUAAUAGGCAGGCAAAGACAACAUGGCUCGCCAAGAAAUUUGCACAUAUUCUAAGGCAUAGCCCUGACAUGAAACCUGUGGGAUUGAUUGCUGAAGCUGUUGAUAGAUGGGGAGUAAAAUUGUCCCACGAUAAGGCAUAUAGAGCCAAAAGAAGGGCUAUGGAGUUAAUCCAAGGUGCUGGUAUGGACCAAUUCACCCAUUUAAGGCGUUAUGCGCAAGAGUUGCUAAAGUCAAACCCUAAUAGUAAUGUUGUGGUGCAAUGUGUUGAUUCUAAUGAAGGUCCCGUGUUUGAGAGGAUUUAUGUAUGCUUAGAUGCUUGCAAGUCUGGAUUUGCAAAAUAUUGCAGGCCACUUAUAGGUUUAGAUGCUUGUUUUUUGAAAGGAGACUAUGGUGGAUAA